GUAUCUUGCUUGACUGUUCUACCCCUGUUCCCACUCUCCCUACCCCCCGUGUUCUAUGAUUACCGGGACUUCUCAAGUACCGCAUCAGCUCAGACUGAUGUCGACAGAACAGGACACCGGGGCACUGCCACGACGCAGUGCCAGAAUCGCAGUUCGUACCCGCCCUGCAGUACCUCCAAGACCGAAGAAACUCAGCAGACGGACAACUCCAGCAGCAUCAAGUACGGCAUUGACGGUACAAGACGCCACCGGAGAUCAUCCCACAUACCCAGUCCGAGGAGCCAAUGAGCCCGCGGCUGAUUAUCGUGGGCGGCUACUGGCAUUUUCAGAAGCCGUAGCUGYCGUCGAGACCMGGAAGGAGAUAGCAGAGGCAGAACGUCAGCGGCUAGCCAAURAAGCGGCAGMCGAAGCUCAGCGAACGACUGAGACUGWCRCAGCGACACGAGACAGAYGGAAUGCCAGYAGCACGGAGUCCUUGAUUGCUUGUGAGCAUCAGUGGACGACGGUACUCCAAGACAUGAUCUUUGUGCCUACAAAAGCGCAGGCAGACCCGACACCGGCAGAGGCAGAGAGAAGUAACCCGGCUAACUUGUUGUUGGGCAUGAUGAGAGGUAUUAUGUGGAAUAAUACACUGCUGCAGUCACAUUUGCGCGCGGACGUAACGCAGCGACAAACAUACAAGAAUGAUAUGACUACGUUAACCACUGCUAUCCGCACAGAGGCAAUGCAGCAGCAGCAACAGCAUCAACUGUUGAACUCCACUGUCACACGCGUCAACAGCAUAGAGGCUAACGCCUCAGCAGCGCCAGGCUGCACGACAGACGUGACGAAGCAACUCAACGAGCGCAUCGAUCACGUCGUCACCAUCAUCGGCGACAUAAGUACGUUCACUGAACCAGACUCGAUCAGCAGCACGGUGGCCGCCAUCAAGACGGACCUCGCCAAGCUACAGACGAGACCGGAAGCCGCUACAAAGACGUUCAARAUGCCGCACUUCGACAUCAGCAAGUUCGACGACUACAACAAGUCGGACGCCUUGUCAUGGUGGCAACGCUUCCUCACGGAAGCAUCAUGCCGCAUGGUCCCGGCGGACGACAUGUUGAAGGCAAUAUAUCUGCAGCUGAUUGGRGGAGCGCAGGGAUGGAUGAACCACCUAGCGGCUACACACAAGUGCACUAUCGCCGAACUCCACACGCACAUUACGUGGAAGGAGUUCGAGCAGCUAUGGUUCACCCGAUUCAUGGUCCGCAACGUCGUGAAGGCGGCCAUGAAUGAGGUGUCGACCUAUCUCCAUCACUUUCAAGCUACACUGUCAUUACAUUAGUAUUCCAAAAAAAAAAAAAAAAAAAAAACCGAAAAGAAAUUAUGUUAUGCAGACAAAUAAACUGAACAACUUUCG